GCACUUUGUUGCAUCCUUUGACUGUAAAUUACAAGCUAUAAACUAUAGGGCAUGAUGCAUCGUCUGAUGCAACAUCCCACUACGAAUCCGCCUACACUACUGGCCUCUCGGCCAUUGCCGAGCAGGCCAUUGCCGUCGUCGUCGCCGGAAACCCGCCGCCAUCGCGCACGAUGCGCUCGUCGUCGUCGUCCCGAUGCCCGCUCCCCGACGCGCACCCACGUGCCGCCCGCCGCCCGACCCGACCUUUCCCACGCCCUUCGCGCGCGCCACGUCCUCCCGCCCUCCGCCACCCCGACGCGCGCGCUCGACGCGUUCCCACGGUGCGCUCGCCGCGCCAUCGCUCGCGGUCGCGGUCGCACGUGCACUCGCGAGCUCACCGCUCCCGUGCGCGCUCUCGGCAAAUGCCGAAAGCACGCCGAAACGCGGUCCGCGCCGCGAGCACGCACGCGCUCCCCUCCACGCGCGCCGGCCGUCGGGCUGCGCGUACUCGGCGAAUGCCGAGUGCGCGAGCUCGCCCGUCGGAGAGCGCUGCCCCUCACCCCCGCUCACCCGACUAGAGCACGCACCGCGAGCUGCUCGCUCGCGCGAGUACCUCGUGUAUCGGGGCGACCCGUCGCCCAUCGCCGCGGCUAUCACAGAUGCGGCGUGUGCUCCACGAGCGCCUGUGCGUGAGACAUCGCAGGCGAACGCGAGGCGUGGCGCGCACGAGAUGCAAUGCCGUCAUCGCCGUAGCGACGACGACAACACGCCCUCGUGAGGGCAGCGGCCACGAUGUGGUUGCCAUGACAACCACAUGGGUGCUGCGAGCAGCGGGCCAGGCUCGUCGGGGUGGGGUGGGGUGAGGAGCGGGGCCGGCACGCGAAUAUGGCGGUCGGUGGUCAGGUGGGGUGGGGUACAGCCUAGAGCGCUGUUGAGCACCGGCGUUGUUGAACACAUGCGGUGACGUGGCGGUGCGGGUGGUGGUCGCGAGGAAGAGGGAAGAGAAGAGAGAAGGGGAGAGGAGGGGGGUGGAGAGGAAGAGAGGAGAGCGGGCGUUC